ACUGCAUAGUUGUUAAGUGAUGUUUUCCAAAGAACUUAAUGCUCUAUUUUUAAUUAAAUCUGGGGGCAGGUCCUUGGGUUGUUAAGAAUAGUAGGGUCUAGAGUUAGGGCAGGUCUUAACAUAGGCUAUAUUAGGGAGAAUAGGGAAGAACCGCAGGUCCUCCUCCCUCGAAUAAGAAGGCUCCUCCAAGGCUCCAAACCCUAAGCCCUCUUCUCUUCUGCCCUCGCAAGCUGCCUCGGAGCAAUGGAUGCAUCUCCUGCGGUCGCCGGAUUCCCGGCGAAGCCAAACUUCAAGCCACUCUCAGCUUCUGAAAUCUCCGACGGCCAAGUGCAGUUCCGGAAAGUGCCGGUGCCGGCGCACCGGUACACGCCGCUCAAGAAAGCAUGGCUGGACAUCUACACCCCAAUCUACGAGGAGAUGAAAAUCGACAUCCGAAUGAACCUCAAGGGUCGCCGGGUCGAGCUGAAGACCCGACCCGACACACCUGACAUCAGCAACAUCCAAAAGUGCGCCGAUUUCGUCCACGCCUUCACGCUCGGCUUCGACGUCUGCGACGCCGUCGCCCUCCUCCGCCUGGACGAGCUCUAUGUCGAUUCCUUUGAGAUCAAGGACGUGAAGACCCUCCGUGGGGAGCAUUUGUCCCGGGCCAUUGGGAGGUUGUCCGGCAAGGGAGGGAAAACAAAGUUUGCAAUUGAGAACUCGACAAAGACUCGCAUCGUGAUUGCGGAUUCCCGGAUACACAUUUUGGGCUCGUUUGCGAACAUUAAGGUUGCAAGAAAUGCACUCUGUAGUCUGAUCAUGGGGUCUCCUGCAGGGAAGGUGUAUUCCAAGCUUAGAGCUGUCACCUCAAGAAUGGCCGAGAGGUUUUGAUCAUAUCUUGAAGAGGGGAGUUUUUAAUGUUAUUUUUACUUACUAUAUCUUGAAUUGUAGCUUAAAUUUUGAAUCAAGUCCAUUUCAGUCUGAUUUGUUCUGUUCUGUUAUAUAUAGAGGGAUCACCUUUGUCUAGACAAUUGAUAUUUCAAUCUCUGAAUUGGACUUCAAAUCUUUAAUGCCAUGUGAUUUUCUAGUUUCUUGUCUAGACUCGGCUGUUAGCAUAUUGUGUCUUACUCAAAGUGUUCUUCUCAGUUUCCAUAGACCAUAGCAGAGAAAGAUGUUCCUGCCACAAUAAUAGGUAAUGUGAUGU